AUGCCUCUCCCCGCAUCUUGGUGUGCUGCUCCCGCUCUGCGCUGCGUCUCCCGCGCCCCGGCCGCCGCCGCCGCCGCCGCCGCCGCCGCUGCUGCUGCUCGUUGGGCCGUCGUCCCUCGUCACAUAUUCGCCGCCGCCCCUCGCUGCUUUGCCAGCGGCUGCUGUCGACCUCCACCACCAGCAUCACCAGCAUCGUACCUCGACCAGUCGCACGAGCGCCUCUUCGCCAACAACCGCGCCUGGGCCGCCGCCAAGGCCACCACCGACCCCGGCUACUUCGCCAAGCUGUCGGCCGGCCAGUCCCCCGAGUACCUCUGGAUCGGGUGCAGCGACUCGCGCAUCCCCGCCGAGCAAAUCACCGGCCUCGAGCCCGGCGAGGCCUUUAUCCACCGCAACAUCGCCAACCUCGUCUGCAACACCGACCUCAACGUCAUGAGCGUCAUCAACUACGCCGUGCGCCACCUCGGCGUCAAGCACAUCGUCGUCUGCGGCCACUACGGCUGCGGCGGCGUCAAGGCCGCCAUGACGCCCCGCGACCUGGGCCUGCUCAACCCCUGGCUGCGCAACAUCCGCGACGUCUACCGCCUGCACGAGCGCGAGCUCGACGCCAUUGCCGACCCGGACGCCCGCUACGACCGCCUCGUCGAGCUCAACGUCGAGGAGCAGUGCCGCAACAUCAUCAAGACGGCCGCCGUGCAGCAGAGCUAUGCGCGCAACCAGUACCCCAUUGUCCACGGAUGGGUCUUUGGCUUCCGCGACGGCCUGCUCAAGGACCUCAAGAUUGACUUCCAGGCCAUGCUGCAAAACAUUCAAAAGAUUUACAAUCUCGCCGACGCGGACGAGCAAGAGGAGCCCUAG